AUGGGUAGAUCGGAGUUAUGGGAAAAUUUAAUUUUUACUGCUUAUUGCAUUUAUCGUAUAUUUAUUGCAAUUGAUUUUAUUGCGCAAAAUGCUAAGUUUGCAUCGGAAAAUAAUAUUUAUGGAUGGAUUGAAAAUCAUAAUUGGCGUAAGUUUUUAUUAGUAAAAAAAGAGGCUGGCAAAAAGGAUCCGGUUGAACAGAAUUAUAUGGAAGGCCAACAUCAACUGAUUAAAUUGCCAUUUUUUAUUCGAUGUGAAAAACAGAAGGAAGAUGGAAAACAAUGUAAUUAUGAUAUUAAUUACAAUGAUAAUCCAUAUAAAUCAUCUAUAAUUUAA